AUGCAAGCUUGGUUGAUGACCAAGGGACUGUGGAGGCUCGUCUUUGGCGCUGAAAAGUGUCCUGGGACUGACGCUGAAGCAAUAGAGAAAUGGGAGUUGAGAGCUGAAAAGGCUGCUGGUGCAUUAUACCUCAAUGUCACCAAAGAGCAGCGCAUCCAUCUUGAUGGCAUCAUUGAUGAUCCUGUCAAGAUCUGGGAGAAACUGGCAAUUGUGCACGUCUCUAAGAAGCCUGGGACGAGAUUUAAUGCCUAUGACGACUUCUUCUCUAUCAGAAAGAAGGAGGACAAGUCCCUGCAGUCUCUCAUGACCAGAAUUGACGAAGGCAUGCAUCAGAUUCAAAAUCUUCGUCCUACUGACUUCUCAUUGUCUGAAUUGGACGAUGAAUUGACAUGCAUGGCCAUGAUUAGGGCGCUUCCUGAUCAAUAUGCCCACUUCACUUCAUCUCUACUACUUCUGGGCACCUUGGACAAGACCCAGCUCAGGGAUGCUUUCCUUGCUGAAGAGUGUGAUUUCUGUGGUUUACUUGGCCAUACCCAAGACAAAUGCCACAAAUACAUUGCUAGACACCAACAGGCAGUGGAGGGUGCUAAAAAUCGCUACAAGUGUGGCAAUAAGGCUCAGGCAGGCUCCAGCAACUCUCAGAAUACCUUUCAGCAGCCCAAAUCUUCGCCCAACAAUGCCAAUUCAUCUACUGUGGUCACUGAAUCAGCUGAAAAUGCAAGUCUUCGUUCUAUUCAUCCCUCUGAUCCUCAUUGCCCUCUCCAACUUGAUGCUGACAUUGAUUGGAAUGCAGAUACAGGUGCCACUUCUCAUAUGACACCUCAUCGUCAUUGGGUGCACCACUAUACCCCAUAUCGUGUGCCAAUCAAGCUGGCUGAUCACACUGUCGUCUAUUCAGCUGGUGUUGGUACUGUGGUGUUUAAUCCUGUGAUGAAUGGCAAAGUGGCUAGGGCUGUGGAAUUCUCUAGAGUGCUCCAUGUACCUAUUAAGAACAAAGCUUGA